AUGCCUCUCAAGAAGUCGUAUUCGGAGCAUGUUGGCUUGCCGUCAAAGAACCGCUCGUGGCAACGCUCCAAAAGCAAUCCAGUUAACGCCCAAAUAUCACGACCUCUCGCCCCCGUAUCCGAAAAAACAAAGAGCAAGUUGAACCAAUUCCAGUUCCAGUCCGCCAAGGCCUCGGACCAAGAAAAUGGCAGCGGAAACGAAGAUGGCAUCCGACAGACUCGAGAUGACAUCGCCAUCACACCGACAACAAAGUUGAGCUGGCACGACCUGAUGGAGUCGAACGCGCCCAAGCAAGACGACACGCAGAUAUCGCCCAGCGAGCGGGUUCUAUGGAAUAACGAACGAGACAAGAACAAUCGGAGCUACGCCGCCGCCCUCUCUCCCAUGAUGCCCCGGAAGGGCCGCAAGAGAGCUAGAAGCUCAUCACCCAUAUCCUCCCCUACACCACACGAGCAACCUGUCACGCCGGCGGUUAAUGUGAAGAAGCUCAGCGAAGCAUUCAAGUCACCACGCGCAGACCCAACCCUGGAGCUCUGGGAUCGCUUCUCGCUCACCAGUAAUGGCAAUGUAACACCUCUAGGUAUCACAAACCCGACUCUCGCCAAUUUGAUGUUUUCUUCAUCUCCGCGAAAUCCCAAAAACGCAAACCCCUCUGCGGGCGACAGUGGCUUGCGGAGAGCCAUAAGUUGCGGUCUGAACUGGCCCAAGAGAAGAAGAGUCGACCGUUCGGAUACGCCAUCUUUGACCAGCACGUUGACCCGGGAGACGACCGACAGCUCAAAGAAUUCGCUCGUAACGGCGCUUCUAGAUACCGUCACAGGUAGCAUGCACGAAAACAGCCCGCCUCAGGAGUCGGAACCGUCUGUGGACCGUGAGGACGAAUCUCCGUCUCUCAAAAAAAGAAAGACGGCUACAAUGAGGCCACCAACCCUCUCGCCUUCACGAAAGCCACUUGGGGUCAUGAAGUUACCUCAUUCUGGCAACACCCUUGAGCCCAGUGUCGCACAAGAUUUAGGACUUGGCUCGAAAGGGAAUAUGGCCCCGGUCGAGUCCGAUUAUGGGGAUGUUGACUUUGACGAGUUCGACGAGUUCGACGACGACACGUUUCUUGAGAUUGAGGCCAGUAUUAGCCUUUCAAAUCCGAAACAAGAUGCCAGGCAGAGUACGCCUACUCCUGCACCUCCUGCUCAACCUGUACAGGCUGUUCAACAAGAUGAUGUCAACUUGGACGACGAAUUUGGCGAUUUGGACGACGACAUCUUUGAAGCUGCAGAGACUAUUAUGGAGAGCGCGGAAGUGAACGCCGCAUCCCAGGCGCCAACGAGCACAAGACAUGCUGCUGCGGGAACCGUCAGCGUCCCUCAGCAAGAUGACCUGGAGGAUGUCUUUGGAGACGACUUUGGCGGAGACUUCGACUUCGACGCGGCAGAACUCGCCGCGACGCAAUCGGCCCAAAUACCCCACGAGUCGUCUACAACAGCUGUACGUCCCAACCAACGGCUGCCACGGUAG